ACUGAGGAACCAACAACCCCCAAAGAUGAAGACACAACCCCUGAAGCCACAGAGGCACCAACAACACCCAAAGAGGAAGACACAACACCUGAAUCCACAGAGGAACCAACAACACCCAAAGAUGAAGACACGACCCCUGAAGCCACAGAGGAACCAACAACACCCAAAGCUGAGGAGACAACACCUAAAGCCACUGAGGCAGCAACAACACCCAAAGAUGAAGAGACAACCUCUGCAGCCACAGAGGAACCAACAACACCCAAAGCUGAAGACACGACCCCUAAAGCCACAGAGGCACCAACAACUCCCAAAGAUGAAGCGACAUCCCCUGAAGCCACAGAAGCACCAACAACACCCAAAGAUGAAGACACGACCCCUGAAGCCACAGAGGAACCAACAACACCCAAAGCUGAAGAGACAACACCUGAAGCCACAGAGGCACCAGCAACACCCAAAGAUGAAAAGACAACACCUGAAGCCACAGAGGUGCCAACAACACCCAGUGCUGAAGAGACAACCCCUGAAGCCACAGAG